AGCGGUGCCGCGGGCGCCGAUUGCUUCUCUCCUGUGGAGCUCGCAGCCGGGCACCCUGGGGGCCAUGCAGAAGGCUGGGGCAAGGGGCCGGAGGGCCUCCGACUGCGGGCCUGCCCCUUAUCGGCCCAGGUGCAUCACCAAGUUUGCCCAGUACGUGGGCUCCUUCCCCGUGGACAACCUGGGCACACAGGAGAGCGUGUGGCUGGUGCAGCAACAGCUGUGGGCACUGAAGGACUGUCCCCGACGCCGGGCCGUCAUCCUGAAAUUCAGCCUUCAGGGUCUGAAGAUCUACAGCGCGGAGGGUGAGAUGCUCCUAAUGGCUCACGCCCUGAGGCGCGUCCUCUACUCCACCUGGUGCCCAGCCUACUGCCAGUUUGCCUUCAUCGCCCGAAACCCACGGAGUCCAGCCAGCAAGCUCUUCUGCCACCUCUUUGUGGGCAGCCAGCCUGGAGAGGUCCAGAUCCUGCACCUGCUACUUUGUCGCUCCUUCCAGCUCGCUUACCUCUUGCAGCACCCUGAGGAGAGGGCACAGCCUGAGCCCUGCCCAGGGCCUGGAGGGGACAUGCCCCCGAAGCCACUGUCCAGUCCCGGGGGCCCCUCUGGCCUGGUGUGGGAGCCCUUCGGCCGUGAUCAGCUCUCUCAGAAUGUCCAUGCACUGGUCUCCUUCCGGCGGCUGCGAGCAGAGGGGCCAAUGGGCAGUGGGAAGGAGUUGCCAGAGUUGGAAGGCCGUGGGGGCGCCCGUGGUGCUCGCCUGGGCAAUCCCUACUGCUCGCCCACACUGGUGCGCAAGAAGGCCAUUCGCAGCAAGGUGAUCCGUUCGGGGGCCUACCGAGGCUGCACCUAUGAGACUCAGCUGCAGCUGUUGGCUCGGGAGGCCUUUCCCGCGGCAUGGGAGGCCUGGCCUUGGGGCCCUGGUGGCCCCUUGUGCCUGGUGGAGAGUGAGGGCAGCCUGACGGAGAACAUCUGGGCCUUUGCUGGCAUCUCCAGGCCCUGUGCCCUCACCCUGCUGCGGAGAGAUGUGCUCGGGGCCUUCCUGCUGUGGCCCGAGCCGGGCGCCAGCGGCCAGUGGUGCCUGUCAGUGCGGACGCCCUGCGGCGUGGUGCCCCACCAGGUCUUCCGGACCCACCUGGGCCGCUACUGCCUGGAGCACCUGCCGGCAGAGUUCCCCAGCCUGGAGGCCCUGGUAGAGAACCAUGCUGGCACCGAGCGCAGCCUCUUCUGCCCCCUCGACAUGGGCCGCUUGAACCCUGCCUACGAGGAGCAAGACCGUGGGCCCGAAGGCAGGCUGCCCCGGACUCUGCGGCCCCUCAGCCAUGCCAAGUCAGAAGCAGAACUUCAAGGCCUGGGCUAGGAGGCCAGGCCCCACACCCACAGGCCUGGUCUUGUCCUGGCUCCUGGGCCUCAGCGGCUGCUCUGCCCUUCAUACACCCUGCUGGUCACCAGUUCCAUCCAGUCACUGCCCUUGGACCAGUCUUCCAUUGCUUCACUGUCUGUGGGAGGGGAGCCCUGAGAUUGGAGAUUGCCAGUGGCUUCUCACAGGACAUGUAGGCCACUGAGAUUCCAGGAGGGGCAGGCAAAGAUUCAGGCUUCCAGUAACUUGCUGGGUGACUUUGGUUG